AGUGCUGCUAAAACCCUAAAGUAACCAUUUUUAACGGCUUCUCCUUCUUCUCCAACUCGUGCAUGCUGAUACACAUCAGAAACUCUCGAAAGAUCUCAUCUUUAGCUCGUCAUGCUCUUCAUUCUCCUAAUGCCUACUCCUCCCUAUCUUCCCAGCUUCCCCAGGAAGAGGCGGCGGCGGCGGCUCGUGAAGUCGCAUCACUACUAAAAACCCCAAAUUGGGAGAAAAACACCACUCUCAAAUCCCUAGCUUCCCACAUGAACCCACACAUCGCUUCACAAGUAAUCUCCCUUCACAGCAACCAAACCAACACUUGCCUCCGCUUCUUCACAUGGGUCUCCAAACACUCCUCCUACUGCUUCUCCCCAAAUCAAAAAACCCACCUCCUGAAACUCAUCGUCUCUUCAGGUCUCUACCAAAUCGCGCAUAGUGUCAUCCUCGCGUUGAUCAGAGAGUUCAACAAACACGAGAGAGAGAUGUUAAAACUAAUGAGCUGUUUUGAUCAAUUGAGAGACGAGGCUGGGUUCAGAUUAAACUACCCUUGUUACAGCUCUCUUUUAAUGUCUUUAGCUAAGCUUGACUUAGGCCUCUUGGCUUACUCGACUUAUAAAAGAAUGGAAGCUGACGGCUUUCUCCCUGGGGAGAUUGAUUACAGAACAAUCGUCAACGCUCUCUGCAAGAACGGCUUCACUGAAUCAGCUGAGAUGUUUAUGUGCAGGAUUUUGAAAAUCGGGUUUGUGUUAGACUCUCAUAUAUGCACUUCUUUGGUUCUUGGCUUUUGCCGUGUGUUGAAUCUUGGAGAAGCUCUAAGAGUGUUUAACGUCAUGUCUAGAGAGGAAGUUUCUGAACCAAACUCUGUUACUUACUCUAAUUUGAUUCACGGGUUGUGUGAAGUAGGGAGACUUAACGAAGCUUUUGUGUUUAAAGAACAAAUGGGUAAGAAAGGUUGUGAGCCGAGCACACGGACCAAUACUGUGCUUAUUAAAGCGUUGUGUGAUGAGGGUUUGGUUGAGAAAGGUUUUACCUUGUUUGAUGAAAUGAGGACUAAAGGGUGUAAGGCGAAUGUUCACACGUAUACGGUUUUGAUCGAUGGGUUGUGUAGAGAGGGGAAGGUUGAAGAGGCUAAUGGUGUUUAUCGAAAGAUGUGUGAGGACGGGGUGUACCCUAGCGUGGUGACUUACAACGCGUUGAUUAAUGGUUACUGUAAAGAUGGGAGGAUCGUUCAGGCUUUUGAGGUUCUUGCUGUGAUGGAGAAGAGGGGUUGUAGGCCUAAUGUGAGAAGUUUUAAUGAGCUUAUGGGAGGGUUGUGUAGAGUUGGGAAACCGUUUAAAGCUGUGUAUUUGUUGAAGAGAAUGGUUGGUGAUGGUUUGGCGCCUGAUGUUGUGAGCUAUAACGUUUUGAUCGAUGGGGUUUGUAGAGAAGGGUUUAUGAAUGUGGCGUACAAGCUUCUUGGUUCGAUGAGUUCUUUUGACGUUGAGCCUGAUUGUGUAACGUUCACGGGUAUGAUAGAUGGUUUGUGCAAGCAAGGGAAGGUUGAUGUAGCGAGUUCGUUCUUAAGUUUGAUGGUGAGAAAAGGGAUAAAGGUAGAUGAAGUUACUUGUACAGUUCUUAUUGAUGGUUUCUGUAAACUCGGUAAAACUAAGGACGCGUUGUUUAUUGUUGAGACGUUGUGUAAGAUGAGACUGUUGACUACUCCUCACUCCUUGAACGUGCUUCUCGACGUGCUGAGUAAAGGCUGUAAAGUGAAAGAGGAGUUAGCGAUGUUUGGGAAGAUUAAUAAGCUUGGUUUAGUUCCUUCUGUGGUGACCUACACAACACUUGUUGAGGGGCUGAUUCGUUCAGGCGAUGUUAGCGGUUCAUUGAGGAUGCUGGAAGCGAUGAAGUCGAGUGGCUGUUUGCCGAAUGUUUAUCCUUACACGAUCAUCAUCAACGGUCUUUGCCGAUUUGGAAGAGUGGAGGAAGCAGAGAAGCUUCUUGCUACUAUGCGAGAUUCAGGAGUUUCUCCGAAUCAUGUUACUUAUACUGUAAUGGUGAAAGGAUAUGUGGAUAACGGAAAGCUAGACCGUGCUCUAGAGACCGUUAGUGUUAUGGUUGCAAGAGGAUAUGAACUUAACGAGCGUGUCUAUUCAUCUCUGCUACAUGGACUUGCGUUAUCUCAGAACAAGCUAAUAUCAAUGGUUGAAGAGCUAGGUGGAUCAACACGCGGAGUAUAUGGUUUCGUUGUCACACGUCUAUGCAAAGAAGGAAGAAUAGAUGAGUCCAACGAACUGAUCCAAACUAUGCUCAAGAUAGGUGUUUAUAAUGAGAAGGCGAUAGACACUGUCAUAGAAUCUUACUGUGGCAGGAAGGAACAGAGCAAGUGUGUGGAGCUGAUCACACUUGUUCUUGGAACCGGGUUCGUCCCGAGUUUCAGAUCCUUCUGCUUAGUGAUUCAAGGUUUGAAGAAGGAAGGAGAGAGUGAGCAGGCGCGUGAGCUGGUAAUGGAGCUUCUGAGAUCAAGUGGGGUUGUAGAGAAGAGUAGAAUGUUGGAUUAUGUUGAGUGUUUGAUGGAAGGAGAUGGUACUGGUGAUUGCAGUGAAGUUAUUGAUCAGUUGCACUUCAAAGAAAGACCUAUCUUCUAAGUGUUACACUUUUAGAUUUUUGUAUAGCCAUUUUUGGAAAAUUCUUAAUCUUUUGAUUCCCAGUGUUAAAAGAGAACUGAUUCAUUCUACUUUUGGUCAAUGAUAAUGACUGAUGAUGGGCUAAGCCCAAAUAUCACUUAAAGCCCAUUCUUGGAUUUUUUCUCAUUAUAAAUAAUUUUUUCCCAGCUUCGGACCAAAGUUUCUGCUUUCUUGGUCGGGGAAUUGAGAGAGAGAGAGAGUCUUCUUCUUGUUCAAGAACAGACCCAUAUAUACAAAUAAUACCCGUGAUUUUUUAAAAAGAGAGCAUUACAGAUACAUACAUAGAAGGUAUAUAUAUACACAUACCCAUAUGCUAACACAUGGGGAUUUAGAGAGAGAGAGAGAGGAGAGAUAAUUUUCACUUUCUUCAUUGUAUUUUCUCUUCUCUCUCUUUUCUGAGAUCUUCCAAUCUCUCUCUAUCUAUCUCUCUGCUGUCUUGUAUAUGAUUAUCAAAUUAAGAAAGAAAAAAAUAUUUAAAACUGUUUCAAUAAGAAGUACGCUGAUUUUUCUAUUUUCCGACAAGCUGAAAAAACCUUUCUUUCUAAAGUGAAGUUUCGUGUUUUUUUUUUGUCUGAAAAUUUGAUCCGACAGCUCUUUUUGCUAUCUGGGUUCCCUUAAAGGUUUAGCCUUUCGUACUUCCACCUGCGCCAAUUGCACUUGGCGAUCGUCAAGGUUGGAUCGUCCGUCCCUUGGAGAUUAAACACUGAUCGAAUUGGGUUUCUUCACAUUCAAUAAAGAGGCCAACUUGUUGGCGGCUGCCUGCUGAUAAAAGGUUAGCGACGGUUCCACGGUCAAGAUAGGAUUGAAGUGGUUUUAUAGAAAGUUUUGGAGUGAUUUUGGUUGAUAUGGUGGGCUGGAUCAUAGUCUCUGAUCUGGUCAGGUGCUACUGGGAUAAAAGGAUCGAGAAAGUAACGAGAAGAGUGGUUUAAAGUAUAUACCACUUUAAGGAACGUGAGGAAGAAGUGACAUGUCUCGUUGCUUUCCAUUUCCACCUCCAGGAUAUGAGAAGAAGAUUAGAACCGAUGAAGCAGACUCUUUGAUAAAGG